AUGGAACCGGACAACGAUGUGCCGGAAGCGCCUCCCCUCUGCCGGAGCGCCUCCGUGCCCUCAGGAAAUGUCGUCUUUGACGGGAAGGGCAUAAAUUUCUUGAGCCGGUCACACACCGUGCAGUUCACCAGUGUGGACAAGCUGAUGGGAAAGUCCCCUGUCGCUUCCAAAGGUGUCUUGCUGCGUACCUCUUCUGGGUAUGAAGUGGCCCUGGUACCGCCCGAGCAUCUGCGAGAGCUACAAUGCAGUGUCUGUGGCGACCUGAUCCAAUCAGCGGUGCAUGCACCCUGUGGACACUCAUUUUGCCAGGUGCACUUGCAAGGCGAGCAGGGCUCACAAAACGAGCUCGAGAUCCAGGCCGGGCGCCUGCGAGAGCUCACGGUGCACCGGGGCUUCUCCGUGGAGCGCGCGCGCCAGGCUCUGGCAGCUGUGGGAGAAGGCUCUCUCGAAGAGGCUGCGGAGAUGUGCGAGAAGCUCAGUGGCCUCGAAGGCCGUGCGGUGCGCGUGCGGCCGGAGGUGAAACAUCCCAAGUUCGAGUGGGGAGCGGUCUCUCACAGCAGUGUUGGUGUUGUCCUGAAGGACGAGGACACACAGGCGUGGGUGAGCUUCGCCGAGCAGUCGAGCUGGCACUGCCAGAGAGAUGAGCUGGAGAUCGAUCCAGUAGCAGACCAGAUUCGACCGCAAACCCGCGUCCGAAUUCGUGCCGGUGUGACGCCGAAACGCGGCUGGGGGCUCCUCCAGGUCGACGGGACCGGCACCGUCGUCACAGUUACUGGCUGCCAGGUGAGAGUCCUCAUAAAGGAAGGUGCAUGGAGCGGUUUCAUCAACGAACUCGAGGCAGUCGACGAGACCCGCGACAUGAUCGAAGAUGCCGCACAGAGACUCAAGGAUGGCAAAGCCACCGAAGACGUGCUGGCCCAGUUGCACGCUAUCCUUCUGCAGGUGCGGGACUGCUCGGAACCUUCCGAGCUGCAGGUCGUUUUGACCAGCAGAGAAUGCGGACCCUUCAUCAACAGCUUCGGCGCCUUUGCAAUGCUCCGGGCUGUUGGCCUUCAGUGUGUCCGCCAUGCAGCAGACCGGACUGUCCACGUCUUCGGUGCUGCGACAGGGGUUGCGAACCUCGCAGAGCGCGCGGCGAGCGCGCUGCAGUACCUGGAGCAGCUGUUCGAGACGCUUCCUGCGCCGAAGGUCCCGCAGCAGAAGCCCAGAUAUCGUGUAGUCUUGCAUGUCGACGCGGACAUCUUCGCCGCGGGUGUACCAGUGCAGAUGGUCUACCAGGAGCAACUUCGGUCGCUCAUUAUUCCAGCCAUCGCCCCACAGGGCGAGGGCUGGUCCUGGCCGCAGCGAGGCUGGGCUGGUGAGGAACAAAUGGUGCAGCACCUCCAAGCGUCCCUGCCCGCAGGCAAGGCCGAGCUCUGCCGCGAACAGGAGUUCACGGAGGCUUCGAAGGUGGCGAAGAGGCUAGAGGAGUCUGGCCUCGUCGCCACGGUGGAGGAAGGUUCGAGCGAGCCUUUGAAGGACGCUAGCAUGGAGGUGCCAACAAGCUGGACCGGUAGCCUAGCUCGCGGGAGCCGUGUUCGGUUCCGAGAUACUGCGAGGUCGGUCUUACCGAGCACCAUAGAUCCCUCCUGCAUAGGCUUGAUAUGCGACCAAGUCUUCCACAUCAAGGAAGAUGGAUCGCGCGAGUUGCAGUAUUUCGUUUGCCUUCCAAAGAGCUUGGCCGUGCCCCCGAUCCCUGGAGACAUGUUGGACGCAGCGCCCAGCGCCGAGCGAAUCCAGCCAGGCGUGCGCGUCCGGGUGAACCCACCGCCUGGAAAGGACCCUGCCUAUGGCUGGGGACGCAUCGCGAGUAGCGAUGUAGGCAUUGUACAGCAGGUUCAUCUGGAUGGAAAGGUGGAUGUGUUCUUUAUGUCCGAGGAAAAGCUUUGGCAUGCGGCACUCCAGGAUCUGGAUACGGAGAAUCUGCCCAUGACGCUCCGGCCCAACUGUCCGGUGUGCCAGCGACCCUUUCCGUCAGGACAGCAGUUGAACCUGGACAUUGCGAUGGAUUCGCAGAUCCGGAGGAUGAAGAAGCUGAUGGCCGGGGCGCGCCACGAGCGGAAUGGCCUGGACCGCGAUGGCGGUGUACCCAGGCUCCUGAGAUCUCAGACGCACCGAGAGGAACUCAAGUGCAACAUCUGCUUCGACCUCGUCGUGUCGCCGGUCACACUGCCUUGUGGUCACACCUACUGCAAGCACCACAUCCAAACAUGGCUUCUGGAAAACGACAGCUGUCCAGUUUGCCGUGUGCGAAUCCUGCACUUCAAGGACCGUGAGAAAAAGCCGAGGCAACUUCGGACAGCAGAACCACUUUUCCAGACGUCCCUGAGGGACCAGGAUGGAAAAGGGGGGCAGCAAUCUGGAGAGGGCUUCGAGCUCCACGUCAACAAGAUGUUGGAGACCCAAGUGAUUCGUUUUUUCCAGGACGAGGUGCAAAACAGAAUCUCGGAGGUGGCUAGUGAAGUCUGGGAUGUCAUCGAGCGACGGCAGGAUGGCUUCCUCACCCGUCUGCGUAAUUUCCUGGACCAGUUCCGGGCACCAGGGGUGACUGAGCUUCUAAAGCUCAAGAAUAUGGUUGGGCCAGACUCUCCGCUGCCCAACACGAAGGGGGCUACACUGCUCAUGAUGGCCAGCGAGCUUGGAUUAGAGGACACGGUGGAGGAACUCUUGAAACUCUCUGCCGACCCGUGGAAGACAACUUCCGCCGGCUUUGGUCCAGGAACUUCUGCCUUACAAAUGGCUUCUGGGCAGGGCCACGCAGCGGUGCUUAGGAAGCUGCUUUCAGCAGAGCAGGGUGUGCUCGACUCAAACAGCGCCGCCCUCUGCGCAGACGCACUAGGAGCGGCGAUUGAGGGACACCACAUUGCCUGCGUGGAGGAGCUGCUACGCAUUCCUGAAAUUCCGGAUGUCGCUGAUCUGCGAAAUUGCAUGGAUCUGACUGGACUUCUCACAGCAGUACAGGCUGGGAACACAGACAUCAUAUCCAUGCUUGUCGAACACCGGGCGGACAUCGAAGCGCGCACCGCGCAUUCGGGCCUGCUGGUCUCGAAGGCUGGAAGUGAAAAAGUGAACGGGCCUUACCAACAGGUGGGAGAGUAUUGUGGGCGGCCGCUGUACGAAAACCUGUUUGGGGCAGUGGUGUAUUGCAAGGGAUGGUGGAAGAUUGCCCUGUCCCGAGCGAACAUGGAGGAGACGGAGGAGCGCUUCAUCUACUCAGCUCCGGCACCCCAUGAGGACCUCACCGAGCCGCCCACCGGUCAGUGGACGCUCAGCGGCGGCCGCCGUGAGGACGGCCCAUCACCGCCCCCUGCGCCCGUCAUCCAGUGGAUCGCGCGGGCUGGACAGGCAGCAACCCCUUUGCUGCUGGCCACGCAACUGGGCUUGGGAGGGGUCGUCGAGCGGCUGCUAGAGUUGAAAGCGGACCUCAAUGCGGAGAUGCCUAGCACCAAACAGGUGCCCGUGCACGUUGCCGCGAUGGUCGGCGAACUUGGCGUAAUUCGAGCUCUCCUCCAGGCCGCCGCAAACCUGGCGCUCCCGGACGCAGCGGGCUUCACACCUUUAGCACUGGCGAGCCAUGCGGGACACCCGAAGGCCGUUCAGGAGCUGUUGGAGGCUGCAGCUAUGCCGGAGCCGCCUGGGGAGGUACCAUCGCCGGUGGUGCUAGCUGCGGGAUGCGGGAGCUACGUCAUGGAAGGCAGAGCAGGACCCCCUGCUGGUAUGGCAGCGUACUGCGACAUUGUGAAGCUGCUGUUGGAUGCCAAAGGAGAUGCUUCGACGGCUGCACUGGAGGCCGCGGCGGUGGCGGGCGCUUCGGCCGUGCUCACGGAGCUGGCGCAGAGGGGGGCGGCCGUGCAGAAGGCCGGCCCCAGUGGCAGCUCGCCGCUGAUUGCCGCACUGCGCCGGGCUGCAACCCCACGUUUGGCGCUGAAGGACCAGGCCCGUGAACCGCCGCCAGAGCCAGUGGUGGGACCACAGGCAGAAGCAGCACGCGCUCUGCUGGAUCUUGGUGCUUCGCCGUUGCUCAGCGCUGCGGAUGGUACCAGUGCCCUCAUGCUUGUGGCAGCUCUAGAUGACCAGGAGCUCCUUCAGCGGCUGCUGGCUGCCGACACGGAGGUGGAUGGCGUCCGCGGCCCCAGCGAGGCGCUGGCAGUGGUCGGAAGCCAGCCUCAGGAUUGGAAAACGAUCGAUGAUCUCCUCAUGCACAUGGAAGGCACCUCGCAGCCACUGCCUCCGAGUGUCCUCUGCCCUCGGGGACAUCCCAUGGAGAGGCUCUGCAAAGCCCGGUGCCACCGGAGACCUCAUUGCGACAGCUGCCGAAAGCAGGAGCUCCACAGCAGCCCAGUGUACUGGACUUGUUGGCCCUGCGACUACGACCUCUGCAUUGACUGUGCGCGGGUACCCCGUUUGGUGCAGUUCCGAGAAGGCUUCGACCCACUUGCGGAGGAGGCCUCGGCUUCGCUGCCUGAGGGGACGCCGGAGGUGCUGAGGAGCCCGUCCUUCCUGACGACUAGGAUGGAUGGCUGGACUGCACUCCACCACGCCGUCGUCGCGGGCAGUGAGAAGUCGGUCCGGCAACUGCUGGACGGGAAGGCCGAUCCGGCACUGGCGGAUGCUCGCGGCCUCACUCCCCUACACUGGGCAGCCUUCCUAGCCAACGGCGCCAUUCAGCCUCUGAUCGAGCAUGGUGCUGCUGUGACAGCGCUGGACCACGAGGGCAGGCCGCCUUUGUCGCUGAUGCCCACCGAAGCUUUGAGAUACGCCUUCCUCGCGCUGGAGUUCGAGUUCAAGGAGCUCUGCUGUCACGAACUGCGCGUGGUGGGUUCAGGCCCGGCAGAUGGCGUGUACACGCAGGUCAAGCCCUCCCAGCCUCAGGCUGCGCAAUCCAGCUCUCCAGCGGAGCCGGCAAGGCAAGCCGCCUCUGCGCCAGCUGCAAGCUCUGCGGCUGAGGGGGCUGCGCCGAGCGACCCGCCACCUCCGCCUCCCCCAGCCGAGGAGGCGGGUGAAGCCGCCGCCAUGCCUGCAGAGACAGGCGAGGCUGCCGGUGGCGAGGCCGCCGGCGAAACCGGCGAGGCGGGUGGUGGCCAGGCCGCCGAGGCCGCCGAGGCCGAGGCCACAGCGGGUGGCGUGGCCGUCGCCGCCGCUGUCGCUGCCGCUGGGGUUCAACCUGACGAAGUGGUUCCUGCCCCGAGCAGGCCUCGAUACCAGAGGACUGACGGUGUGCCGUUCCUCAUUAAGUGGGAUGAAAAGAAUGGCUGGGCACUGUAUCAGACAGCUCCCGGUCCGGCAGGAGUGGAAGCAUGCGUCUUCAAGAGCAGCAAGGACACGCGGUACUGCCCAGUGGACGGAUGGGCGCCAGACGAGCGUGUGCAGCUGGAAGAGACGCCCAACGUGCGCGUGGAGGAAGUGGCACCUUACCGAUGGGGCGUCCUUCUCUUUCAGGCGACGCCCGCUGAACUCUGGCGACCAGGCUUGCAGGAGGAGGUGGAGGCUCUGCCCGAGCUGAAGCAGAUAACCUCGGUAAGCCGCAUCUUCAUCCCCGGCCUUCCUGGGAUGCAGAUCUCGCUUUCUGCAGCGGGCGGCGUCGAGGGCAUGCACCAGAGAGCCCUCGAAAUGGUAAUGCGCGGCAUGGACGAGCCCUCUUGUCCGGUCAGCUGA